CACUCAACCUUUUGUCUCCUUCAUCACUACCCAGCAGCUUCCGCUUACUUUCCUUUCUCUCUUCACAAAGAGUUUCUUAAUUGAUGUUAUUAAUUAAUUUUUUAGUGUUCAUAACCACAACUCUUGUUCAGCAGAUACAUACACUUCUUCAAACUUCAAACAUAUGGCAUCCGCCUCUUCUUCCACUUCAAUCCCACCACGACGACCAUGCACCUAUCACGUGUUCUUGAGUUUCAGAGGAGAAGACACUCGCACAGGUUUCACUGGCCAUCUCUAUGCGGCCCUCAACAGGAAGGGAAUCACAACCUACAAAGAUGACCAAAACCUUAGCAAAGGCCAUGUUAUUUCAAAAGAACUCCUGAAAGCAAUUGAAGAGUCGAUGUUUGCAGUCAUCGUUUUCUCACCGGACUACGCUUCUUCGAGUUGGUGCUUGGAUGAGCUCCAAAAGAUCAUGGACUGCAACAACAAGGUGAGGCAACACAUCGUGCCGGUGUUCUACGGUGUGGAGCCUUGUGAUGUGAGACAUCAAAGAGGAACCUUUGAAAAAGCUUUCAAGAAACACGAACAGAGACAUGACAGUGAGAAGGUCAAAAGAUGGAGAAAUGCACUAACACAAGUUGCUGCUCAUUCUGGUUGGACCUCCAAAAAUCAGGACGAAGCUGAGCUUGUGGAAAACAUUGCUCAACAUAUAUUUGAAAUAUUGAUUUCAAGGUUGCCACCUUCAACGAAGAAUCUUGUAGGGAUUGAUUCAAAAGUGAAACAAGUGAUUAGCCUCAUAAGUCUUGAGUUGAAUGAUGUUCGCUACAUAGGCAUAUGGGGAAUGGGCGGUAUUGGUAAGACAACUAUUGCUAGAGCAGUUUUUGAUACCAUUCGAAGUAGAUUUGAAGUUACUUGCUUUCUUGCCGAUGUUAGGGAGCGAUGUGAGAAAAAAGAUAUUACUCACGUACAAAAGAAACUUCUUAAACAAAUGAAGAUAAGUUCAAAUGCUGUUCAUGAUAAGGAUGAGUGGAGGAGAAUGAUUCAAAAUUCUCUACAUCUCAAAAAGGUGCUUCUUGUUCUUGAUGAUGUAAAUCAUGAAAAACAACUAGAGAAUUUGGCUGGGGAGCAAGCUUGGUUUGGUCCUGGAAGCAGAAUAAUAAUUACAACUAGAGACCUAGAGGUGCUAAAGGGACCAGAGGUGCAUGAAACUUAUAAGGUUGAAGGGUUAGUGAAAAGUGAAGCCUUUAACCUCUUUUGUUUGAAAGCCUUUAAACAGGAGGAGCCUACAGAAGGGUUUUUGGAUUUGUCUGAAGAAGUGGUCAAGUACAGUGGUGGUCUUCCAUUGGCACUUAAAGUAUUGGGUUCCUAUCUUAAUGGUAGACCUAUUGCGGUUUGGCACAGUGCUAUCGAAAAAAUAAAGAAGUCUUUACAUUCUGAAAUUAUUGAUGCUUUGAAAAUAAGUUAUGAGGGUUUAGAUGAUAUGGAAAAGAAUAUUUUUCUAGAUAUUGCUUGUUUCUUUAAAGGAGAUAAGAAAGAUUAUGUAACAAAGAUAUUAGAAGGAUGUGGUUAUCAGGCUGAAAUUGGUCUUGAUAUUUUGAUUAACAGAUCAUUGGUCACAUUAGAGAAGAAUAAAUACAGUGUGGUGGUUACUCUGGGGAUGCAUGAUCUGCUUGAAGAAAUGGGCAAACAAAUUGUCAUUCAGAAAUCUCCGAAUGAUGCUUGUAACCGUAGCAGAUUGUGGUGUUUGGAGGAUGUUGAAUUUGUACUUACUCAAAAGAAGAAAACUAAAGCAACUCAUGGCAUCGUUCUACAUAAGCGGUAUAGCGAGACUGAAGUGAAUCAGAGAGAUUUAUCUUUCUCAAAAAUGUGCCAGUUAAAGCUUCUCAUUUUAGAUGGCGUGGAAGCUCCCAUUCUCUGCGAUAUUCCUUUUACAUUAAAGGUAUUUCACUGGAAAAGUUGUCCACUGAAAACUCUGCCCCUUACAGAUCAUCAACGCUAUGAGCUUGUUGAAAUUGAUCUGUCUGAUAGCCAAAUUGUAGAGUUAUGGGAUGAAAAGAAGGUUUUAGAAAAGUUAGAGCACUUAAAUCUGUCACAGUGCAAGCGGCUGAAGCAAACGCCAGAUCUUUCUGGGGCUCCCAAUCUUAAAAAGCUUAAUCUUUCGAGAUGCGAGGAGCUGGAUUAUAUUCACCCGUCUCUCACACACCACAAGAGGCUUGUUGAAUUGAAUUUAUGUGAAUGUAGGAGUCUUGAAACACUUGGAGAUAAAUUGGAGAUGAGUUCACUCGAGAUACUAUAUCUAGAUAACUGCAGUAGUUUGAGAAGACUGCCAGAUCUUUCUGGGGCGCCCAAUCUUAAAACACUAAAUCUUCAUAGAUGUGAGGAGCUGAAUUAUAUUCAUCCAUCUCUCGCACACCACAAAAGCCUUGUUGAAGUGAAUUUAAUGAAUUGUAAGAGUCUUGAAACACUUGCUGAUAAAUUGGAGAUGAGUUCACUCGAGAAACUAGGUCUAAGCUGGUGCAGUAGUUUGAGAAGACUGCCAGAAUUUGGGGAAUGCAUGAAACAGUUAUGGAUUCUUAGUCUGAGAGAUACAGGUAUAGAAGAGCUACCCCCAACGCUUGGAAAUUUGGCUGGCGUGUCUGAGUUGCACUUAAAUUGUUUUGGCAAGAAUACCGGUCUUCUCUUAUCACUUGGAUGUUUCGUUGGCCUUAAAAAGUUGGUGUUAUAUAGUCUUCCACAGAAAACUGAUGGGUUAGAGUCCCUCACACUCACAGUCAGAGCUGAUUAUGAUGAUUCUGACAGCUCAUCUAGAGAAGAGUCGACCCUUUCCUAUGAUAUUGCCCACUUAGCCUCGUUGACGGAUUUGGAUUUAUGUAUGGGCAGUUUUUUAAGAGUUCCAGUAAGUAUCCAUCAACUUCCCAGACUUACACGUCUGAACUUAUGGGAUUGCCGUUCCCUGGAGGUUUUACCAGAGCUUCCAUCAAGUCUAAGAGAAUUAGACGCAGGGAAUUGUUAUUCACUGGAUGCAUCGAAUGUUGAUGAUGUUAUAUCAAAGGCGUGUUGUGGCUUUGCAGAAUCAGCUAGCCAAGAUCGUCAAGACUUCUUGCAAAUGUGGAUCCCUAGGAAGGAAAUUCCAGCAUGGUUUGAGCAUCAGGAAGAAGGUAGAAUUGUAUCAGUGUCAUUCCCGCAGAAUUGCCCUUCAAUUGAAACCAUCGCACUUGCUCUCUGUUUCCUAAUUGUAUCAGAUUUGAUUGACGAAACCUACCCAUCGGUGAUCUGCAACGGGAAAGAAUUCAUCAACGCGAGUUUAUACGUGGUGGAUAGUUCAGAUACUUUGUUCAUUGUGUGCGUGAACGGUUACUAUUUUAGUAAGCUGUUAUGCCAACACAAUCGCUUCCAAUUGUUGUUUCCAGAUUUUUUCGAUCCUGAUAUAGUACGUAGAUGUGGAGCACGUUGGGUGACUAAGCAAGACGUUGAAGGUUUCAAGAAAACAAAAUCAAAAACUGGGAAAAGGAAAGCAACUCUUGAACUGAACAUGGACAUGAUCCCACAUUCUUCAACUUCAAGGAAUAAGAUGCUUGUGGUUGCCCCUCAACUAUAUGAACAAGGGGAAGAGCGAGCCACCACAGCGGAGGGCCCUAUCCACCAUUUGGCAUCUCGCAAAAGCUCUGACCCACCUCAACUCUUACCUCUCUUCCCUUUGCAUCCCAGUUCUCAUAGCUCAUGACAGGUUUCUCCAUAUAUUACAUGUAUGGUUCCCCAGAUUUGAAGCUUUUCACAUAGCUCAUUGCAUCCAUCCAACUGCGAUGUGAACCCAGAAACCUGAAACGAUAUUACAUAUUAGUUCCCUGAGGAAUUAAAGUGAUCUCGUUUUUCGGGUCUGGAAACUUGAAACAUCAGUUUUUAAAGGCUGUGGAAACCUUAGCAAGGCGUCAUGUCAAUCUGCAUCUGGUGUUGUGUAAAUUUGAGUUUGAUGUAACCAUGUAUGGGACUAUUUGGAUUCAUAAAUUAUGAAAUUGUUUGUAUGUUAAUAUUCUAGAAAAAUGAUAUCAAACUAAAACCCUUUUUACC